GCCGUCAGAAGGGAGGAAACGGACGAGCCGCUGAAGAUGAUGAAAGGUAAAGCAGAUGAGGAAGACUACUGGAACAGCUCCAAGUUUAAAGCCUUCACCUUCGAUGAUGAAGAUGAUGAGUUCAGCAGGUUAAAAGAAUCGAGGCAGGCGGUGAACAGCAUCCGGCAGCUGGUGGACGAUGGCGACGACGAAGACGACGUGGAGAAGGUCAGCUGGAGCGGAGAGCCGGUCGGCAGUAUUUCCUGGUCCGUCAAAGAGACGGCAGCGUCCAAUCAGAAGCCGGACAGAGAGCCCGCCUUCCCAAAAAUCACCACGGAGAGGCCGAGCCUCAACAAAAGCCAGUCCGGACUGUCCCUGAGUUCCCUGUUCAAAGGAAAAACUAAAGGAGGAAACCUGCAGAGUUUCACAGACAGUAAGUUUAUUAACUAAUGAAUGAAGUCAUUGAAUAGAUUCUUCUUUAGAUUGUUCUUGUUUCACGUA